AGAUGGCCCAGUGGCAGGACCUGCUGCGGCUGGACGCGGCCCUCCAGGCCCGGGUGAGCCAGCUGUACGAGGGGAGGUUUCCCAGAGAGAUCCGCCACUACCUGUGCGUCCUAAUAGAGAGCCUGGACUGGGAUUUGGCAGCUGGGGAUGAAAAUGCAGCAAGCACAUGUUUCCAUGCACUGCUGGAGGAUCUGCAAGAACAGUGGAUCCGUUCCGUGCAGGAGAACAUCCUCUUACAGGGACCUGAUUACACUGGGAUGAAGGACUACCUGCUGAAAAACUUUGAAGAUAAGCCACUGAACCUGGCUGUAAUCCUCUCUGAGUGCCUGAAGGAGGAACAGAAGAUCAAGGCUUCAGCCUCUGAAGCACAGGCUUGUGGCAGUCCAGACAUGGAUCAAAAAUGGAAAUGGAAAGAUAUGGACAACAAAAUCAAUGAACUGAAAAGACUGAUUAUGGAGGUGAAUAAGGAAAUUAAGUCACUGGAGAUUCUUAAUGACAACCUUGACUUCAUACAGAAGACCUGGCAAAACAAAGUGGAGCAGGACAUUGGAUUGGCCCAGUCCCAUGCUGUUGUGGAAGAGGAAUGUCGUAAGCGGACCAACUUUAUCAUACAAACAAAGCAGGUGGUGCUGCAGGAGAUCGUGAACAUUUUGAACCUGGCUCAGCCGAUUGUGGCGACUCUCACCGAGGUGGAGCUGCCCGAAUGGAGGCUCAGGCAGCAGCUGGCCUGCAUUGGAAGCCUGGCCAACACCUGUCUGGACCAUCUCCAGAAGUGGUUCACAGCUGUGGCCGAGGUGCUACUGCGAGUGCGCGAACAGCUGCAGAAACUGAAAGAGCAGAACAACACACCCGACAGCACCGAUGCCUCCAUCCUGCCUGGCCUCAUGGCAAUAAUUGAGAACCAAACACUGUCCUUGUUCACACAACUACUUGCAAAUGCUCUGGUGGUUGAGAAACAGCCGAUCAUGUCGAGUUUACCACAACGACCUCUGAUACUGAAGACCGGAGUGCGCUUCUCCGUGAGAGUGAGGUUCUUGGCAAACCUUCCAGAAUUCAAGUGCCUGCUCAAAGUCAAACCUGUAUUUGACAAGGAUGUUGAAGAAAUCAAAACGGUUAAAUGGUUCCGUCACUUCGACUUCAACAGCGAUGAGUGUAAAGUGUUGGACGUGGACUCGCCCAAUGGAGACUUGGUGACAGAAUUUGGUCACAUGUCUCUCAAGGAAAUCAAAGGAAGAGCGAAAGGAUCAAUUGAGAGUCGCCUGGCAGUCACUGAAGAACUCCACAUCAUUAAGUUUGUGACAGAGUUCCGCCAUGUUGGACUGGAACUCAACAUUGAGGCCAGCACUCUGCCUGUGGUUGUCAUCUCCGCUACCACGCAGGUCUCCAGCGCCUGGGCCUCCAUCAUGUGGAACAACAUGCUGUCCACCGGUGACUCCAGGAACCUGCAGUUGUUUGUGGACCCUCCUCCCCUUACAUGGGAGCAGCUGUCCCAGGUUCUCAGCUGGCAGUUUUUGUGCACUGGCAUGCGGGAGCUCGACGAAAACCAGCUCUCCGUGCUAAGAAACAAGAUUGUGGAUGAUCCUGAUGAUCUAGUUCACUGGAGCAAGUUCUCCAAGAAUGAAAAUGCCUGGCUCUGGAUUGAUGGAAUCCUGGAUCUGAUCAGAAAACACUUGGUUGAUCUGUGGCGGGAUGGGUCCAUCAUGGGGUUCAUCAGCAGGGAGAGAACAGCUGAACUGUUGAAGGAAAAACGGACCGGGACCUUUCUGCUCCGCUUUAGCGAGAGCAAAACAAAUGGAGCCAUCAGCUUCAGCUGGGUCGACAACGCCAAUGGUGCGCCUUUUGUGCAUUCAAUAGAUCCCUACACCAAGGACGAGCUGGAGAAGACGUCUCUGCCGGACUAUAUCAACACUUACAGUCUGAGAGGCCGGAAGAGCAGACACACCAACCCCCUGCUCUACCUGUACCCAGACAUCCCCAAAGACACCGCCUUUGGACACUACUUCACCAACACUGCAGAGAAAAUGCUGGCCGUAGAUGGAUACGUUCACAGAAAAAGGGGGGAUUUCUCAGAUAACCCUACACCACCUCCGUCUCCACCUAGGGAGCCCAAUACGGACAUGGAAAUGGAGAUGGACUUCGAAACAAAAACACUGGAAUGGAAUGGCUGCCUUACAUGUAGAGAUUUAAAAAAUUGAAGAGACCACUCGUUUUCAUUAAUCUCAGAGCCGAAUUUGUGUCUGUCUGUGUGUAUAAGUGGUUGUAAGGGUAUGUACAUACAGAAAAAAUUAAGAGACCACUCGUGUAUAUAUACAUAUGUACUGUAUAUAUUUCUUUUUAUAUAUUUGUAUUCUCUUGGAUGGUGAGGAACAGAAUUUCGAUCCCUUGUCUGUGUCACACAAAUAGAGGAAUUGACAAUAAAGUUUACUUUGACUGAUAUGUUUGGCCUCUAGAGGGCAGUGGAACAAGCUGUUACCAUAACAUUGGCAGAGGAUUGUCUCAUUCAAUGGUUCUCAACCUUUUUCUGUCAUUCC